AUGUCCUAUCAAUUGUAUCGUAAUACCACAUUGGGCAAUACCCUGCAGGAGAGUUUGGAUGAAUUGAUUCAGUAUGGCCAAAUUACCCCCGCCUUGGCCUUUAAGGUCCUGCUGCAAUUCGACAAAUGCAUCAACAAUGCCCUCAGCCAGCGUGUCAAGGCCCGUGUCACCUUCAAGGCCAACAAACUGAACACCUAUCGCUUUUGUGACAACGUCUGGACAUUGAUGUUGAACGAGGUUGAAUUUCGAGAAGUCCAUGAAUUUGCCAAAGUGGACAAAGUGAAAAUUGUGGCCUGUGAUGGUAAAAGUGGCGAAUUCAAUUGA